CCCCCAGUUUGCAAAAGCCAGGGGUGCAAGGAGCAGAGACUGCAGCAACAGAAACAGCAGGAGCAGCAACAACAAAAAAAUCCUCAUCAAAUCCUCACCUAAGCUUUCAGUAUAUCCAGAUCCACAUCUUCACUCAAGCCCGGAGAGGGAGAGCGAAAAGGGGGGAGGAAAAAAAACCCCAACAACUUAGCGGAAACUUCUCAGAGAAUGCUCCAAAACUCAGCAGUGCUUCUGGUGCUGGUGAUCAGUGCUUCUGCAACCCAUGAGGCGGAGCAGAAUGACUCUGUGAGCCCCAGGAAAUCCCGAGUGGCAGCUCAGAACUCAGAGAACACAGAGAAGCUCCCUCUUCAGUCUGACAAAUCCAGGGCGGAUUCAGAGGAAACCCUAUCCAUCCCACCCCCAACACCCACCGCUGCCGCUCCCUCCUUCUCCGCUCUCUGGGCCCCAGCCACUCUGCAUGCAGCCCGAUGGCAAGAGAGCCCCUUGCAAAAGACUAUUUGUGAAAUGAAGCAGCUGUUUCUCCAAGGGGAAGGUCUCACUUUCGCCCUGACUCCCGGAGCAGUUAAUUGUGUCUGCCCCUGGCCUCUGAAGGAAAAGAGGCAGGGGGAAGCCUGCGUUGACACCUCUGCCCCUCCAGUCCUCCCUCGCCUCUUCCAUCCCUGCCCUCUCUCCUCCAACUGUCAGCAGAGAUGGGAUCGCAGGUGUGGAAAUGCUGCAGAAGCCGCUCCCCCUGGAAGAGCGCAGGUCCCUGCCUAGGGGAGAGGAGGGCUUCUGCCUUACUUCCUUUUGUACUUAGUUGCUAUAGAGAUGCCGUGAUUCACAAUUCGAGCUUGCCUAAAACAAUAGCAGCCCUAAUGCAUAUUAAAACUGCUUAAAGCAAAGUUAUAAUUUGAACCCGUGGAAAUAUAUAAUUAAGGAAAUGACUUGUAAUAUCCCAGAGGCCGCGGGUGGUGGGAGGGGGUGGGGAAACCUCGCUGAACCGUGCUUUAGAUCUCAGAGGAGAAUCCUACGGUAUGAAGGCGACAGAUCAUUUCUUGUCGAGCUGCCUGCCAGAACACCCCCCUUCUGUGGGAGAGAAAUUACUUUUAGGAGAGAUCUUAUCCAGAAUGUAGAAAAACUCAUGCAACUUCUUUGUGGUUUUCUUCCAGUCUUGCACAAGGGGUCCCUUGGCCUUGUUAGUGCACACCUGUGUUUCUCUUUUUUGAAAAAAAAAAAAAAAAAAAAGCUUUUAAUAUGAGAGAAUUAUACAUACCUCUAAUCACUGUCCGGUAGUGGGGGCUGAGGCGAACAUGAGUGGAUCAGAUUCCUUUCUGCCAAGAAGACGGUGAGUUAAAAAAAGAACCAGAAGGGUCUCCCUCUCUCCAGGUGGACACUCUGGGUUGUAAUUCCAUGCUUUUUACUCUGAAGUGUAUUUUUCAGAAGACAGAUAGCUUCCCUGGCCCUCCCACCUCUUAAACCUGACCGCUAGCCCCUGCCUGCUCCCUUCUCCCCCUUGCCUUCGGCUGCCAAAGGAUGGACUUUGAUUCCACGGAGAGGCUGAAAAUCACUGGGCACUGCACAGUCCAACCGCACUUGUCCAGCCACCCAAACACAUGCAAUGCUGAAGUGGUUCGCUGCCUCAACAGUGCUCUGCAGGUUGGCUGUGGGGCUUUUGCCUGCCUGGAAAACUCCACCUGUGACACAGAUGGGAUGUAUGACAUCUGUAAAUCCUUCUUGUACAGCGCUGCUAAAUUUGACACUCAGGGAAAAGCCUUUGUCAAAGAAAGCUUAAAGUGCAUCGCCAACGGGGUCACCUCCAAGGUCUUUCUCACCAUUCGGAGGUGCUCCACUUUCCAGAGGAUGAUUGCUGAGGUUCAGGAAGAGUGCUACAGCAAGCUGAAUGUGUGCAGCAUCGCCAAGCGGAACCCCGAGGCCAUCACUGAGGUCGUGCAACUGCCCAAUCACUACUCCAACAGAUACUACAACAGACUCGUUCGAAGCCUUCUGGAAUGUGAUGAAGACACCGUCAGCACAAUCAGAGACAGCCUGAUGGAGAAAAUUGGGCCCAACAUGGCCAGCCUCUUCCACAUCCUGCAGACAGACCAUUGUGCCCAAACACACCCGAGAGCUGACUUCCACAGGAGGCGUACCAGUGAGCCGCAGAAGCUGAAGGUCCUCCUCAGGAACCUCCGAGGUGAGGGAGACUCUCCCUCCCAUAUCAAGCGUACCUCUCAGGAGAGUGCGUAACCAGGGAGAGGUACUCGGAACCUCACCAAACUAGUAUCAUUUUAGGGGUGUUGACACACCAACUUUGAGUGUACUGUGCCUGGUUUGAUUUUUUUAAAGUAGUUCCUAUUUUCUAUUCCCCUUAAAGAAAAUUGCAUGAAACUAGGCUUCUGUAAUCAAUAUCCCAACAUUCUGCAAUGGCAGCAUUUCCACAGAAUACGUGCGAACGUUCUGCCUCUCCUCAGGAGAACGUACCCUCUUUCAUUACCUUCCUCUAGCGAUGUCUUUUCCCAGCUCCCUUCCAACUACCCUCAAACACAAAACAUUCAUGUAUCUUUCCUGUCAUAGUAAGUUGAAAAUGUGGAGCCCUUUAGAGUGGUUGCCCCAGUAGAGUUAGUGGAUACGAAACAACUUUAUUUAAGUGCAUGUCUUAAAUGCUCAUAAAGAUGUUAAAUGGAAUUCGUGUUAUGAAUCUGUGCUGGCCAUGGACGAAUAUGAAUGUCAUGUUUGAAUUCUUGAUCUCUAAUGAGCUAGUGUCUUAUGGUCUUGAUCCUCCAAUGUCUAAUUUCCUUUCCAACACAUUUACCAAAUUGCUCAAGACUGGCUCUCCAACCAGACUUUGAGCCUGCAUCUUCUUGCAUCUAAUGAAAAACAAAAAGCUAACAUCUUUAUGUACUGUAACUGCUCAGAGCUUUAAAAGUAUCUUUAACAAUUGUCUUAAAACCAGAGAAUCUUAAGGUCUAACUGUGGAAUAUAAAUAGCUGAAAACUAAUGUACUGUACAUAAAUUCCAGAGGACUCUGCUUAACAAAGCAGUAUAUAAUAACUUUAUUGCAUAUAGAUUUAGUUUUGUAACUUAGCUUUAUUUUUCUUUUCCUGGGAAUGGAAUAAUUAUCUCACUUCCAGAUAUCCACAUAAAUGCUCCUUGUGGCCUUUUUUAUAACUAAGGGGGUAGAAGUAGUUUUAAUUCAACAUCAAAACUUAAGAUGGGCCUAUACAAGAUAGGAAAAACCAACAGGCUUAUCUGAAGGACCCCAGGUAAUCUCCCAGCCCACCUCAACCCAGAGGCUACACUUGACUUAGGCUUAUCCUGAAACAUCUCUGUCAUAUCCAACUGUGAAUUACAGGAACCAAAAAGAGCAUCCCUUUGGGCUUAGACUACUUAGUGUGAUAAGGCCGACUCUAACUUGGGAAGUGGCAGUUCUUAACUCGCCAUCUUUCGUCAGUGCCUGGCACUCUGGCAGAUGAUGAUGGGGUGGGAGAUCAUCCACUAAACCAAUCAGGAAUGAGUCAAUGGGCCUUUGGGUCUUUAGUCCAGGGGACGUGGGGCUGAGGGAGUAUAAAUAACCCUGGGCUGUCCAGCCUUAAUAGAUUCCUCUUACAUUUUUGUCCUGUAGCACGCUGCCUGCCAAAGUAGCCCUGGCAGCUGGACCAUCUCUGUAGAAUCGUUUAAAAAAAGAAAAAAAAAAAAAGAAAAAAAAGAUAGAAAGAAAGAGGGAAAAGAGCUAGUGGUUGAUCAUUUCUGCCGUGAUGUUUACAAGAUGGCGACCACCAAAGCCAAAUGAUUAACCUAUCUAUGAACAGCAGUCAUUUCUCAGGGUCACUGUCCUUGAACCCAACAGUCCCUUAUGAGCGUCACUGCCCACCAAAGGUCAAUGUUGAGAGAGGAAGAGGGAGGAGGGGUAGUUCUGCAGGGGCCGCUCCAAACUCGCUUGAGUAGAAACUAUUGGUGCUUGACUCUCACUAGGCUAAACUCAAAAUUUGACUAAGUCGAGUGAGAAGGACCCUGGUGGGAGGAGGGAGGGCACCUCUCCAGAAAAAUGAAAAGCAAUACAACUUUACCACGAAGCCUUUAAAUCCAGAACCGUGCUGCUCAAGGAGCAAGAUCAAGGGCAGCAGAUCCAGCAGCCGCAGCAGUACAAACGCUGCUGCCUUUGUCCCCACAUAGCCUCUAAGCGUGCUGACAUCAGAUUGUAAGGGCGUUUUUAUACUCGGAAUUGCCCCAUCCCCAGGUCCCCAGACAAAUGGACACUGCCUUAGCCUCUUGGAAAUCAGGUAGAGCAUAUUCUAAGUUAGAUGCCCCCUCUCUCCCCCGACGUCCCACCCCAGGCAAGGCUGACUUCUCUGAACCAGAAAAGCUAAUCAAGUGUGUGUGUUGUGUCCAUUUUGCAAACCCACUAACCCAGGACCCCAAAGUGACGAGUAGUUCAUGAGGAUUCCUAACAAAUUCUCUCUUAUUUCAGUCCAGUAGAUUGUCCCUCUCCCCCCCCCUUUUUCUUUUUGCUGUGACCUUUUCAAACCAUGGUACCCCUUUUCUCCCCCAUGGUAAUAUUUAUAUAUGUACCUACAAUACAUAUAUCUACACAUAUGGAAAGAAGCAGUUCUCACGAUGUUGCUAGUUUUUUGCUUCUCUUUCCCCUCCUCACUCCCUCCGACUCUUCCUUAAACUUCCAAAGCUUCGUCUUGUGUUUGCUGCACAGAGUGAUUCGGGGCUGACCUAGACCAGUUGCAUGAUUCCUCUAUCGUGAUUUGGUUGCACUUUAGAUAUUUUUGUGCCAUUAUAUUUGCAUUAUGUAUUUAUAAUUUAAAUGAUAUUUAGGUUUUUGGCUGAGUACUGGAAUAAACAGUGAGCAUAUCUGGUAUAUGUCAUUAUUUAUUGUUAAAUUACAUUUUUAAGCUCCAUGUGCAUAUAAAGGUUAUGAAACAUAUCAUGGUAAUGACAGAUGCAAGUUAUUUUAUUUGCUUAUUUUUAUAAUUAAAGAUGCCAUAGCAUAA